ACGGUGCUAAUGUUAAUGUACAAUCGCUGAACGGUUUCACACCACUUUACAUGGCUGCGCAGGAAAAUCAUGAAUCCGUUGUACGCUAUCUUCUUGCGCACAGUGCUAAUCAAGCAUUAGCUACAGAGGAUGGCUUUACGCCACUAGCAGUUGCCUUGCAGCAAGGUCACGAUCGUAUUGUAGCUCUUUUACUUGAAAAUGAUACACGCGGAAAAGUGCGCUUGCCGGCAUUACAUAUCGCUGCUAAAAAGGAUGAUACAAAAGCAGCUACGUUAUUGCUUCAAAAUGAGCACAAUUCGGAUGUGACUUCGAAAAGCGGUUUCACUCCGCUCCAUAUUGCUGCUCAUUAUGGAAAUGAGAACGUAGCGCAACUGCUGCUCGAAAAAGGAGCCAAUGUGAAUUAUCAAGCGAGACACAAUAUAAGUCCCUUGCACGUAGCAACAAAGUGGGGACGCGCGAACAUGGUUUCGUUGUUGUUAGCUCACGGGGCCGUAAUUGAUUGUCGCACGCGUGAUUUAUUGACACCGUUACACUGUGCUUCUCGUUCGGGCCAUGAGCAAGUUGUUGAUUUACUGCUUGAAAAAGGAGCUCCAAUCAAUGCUAAGACAAAAAAUGGUUUGGCUCCAUUGCAUAUGGCAGCACAAGGUGACCAUGUAGACAGUGCUCGAAUUCUGCUAUAUCAUCGAGCUCCGGUUGAUGAUGUUACUGUUGAUUAUCUUACUCCUCUUCAUGUGGCUGCUCACUGCGGGCAUGUUCGUGUCGCUAAGCUUCUGCUGGAUCGUAAUGCUGACUCAAAUGCUCGCGCCCUCAAUGGUUUUACACCGCUGCAUAUCGCUUGCAAAAAAAAUCGCAUUAAGGUUGUUGAGCUACUGCUAAAAUACCAUGCUGCCAUCGAGACAACCACAGAAUCCGGUCUGUCACCGUUACAUGUUGCUGCUUUUAUGGGUGCUAUAAACAUCGUCAUUUACUUACUGCAGCAGGGUGCUAAUGCGGAUGUGGCUACAAUACGUGGUGAAACACCUCUUCAUUUAGCCGCACGAGCAAACCAAACUGAUAUUGUUCGUGUUUUGGUGCGUAAUGGAGCCCAGGUAGAUGCUGCAGCACGUGAGUUACAAACUCCGUUACACAUUGCAUCACGUCUUGGUAACACCGACAUUGUCGUCUUGUUGCUGCAGGCUGGUGCAUCACCAAAUGCUGCUACACGGGAUCUCUAUACUCCGCUUCAUAUUGCUGCCAAAGAAGGGCAAGAGGAGGUAGCUGCAAUAUUGGUAGAUCAUGGAACCGACAAGGCACUUCUUACUAAGAAGGGUUUCACGCCGUUGCAUUUAGCUGCUAAAUAUGGCAAUUUACCUGUAACGAAACUAUUGCUGGAGCGAGGAACACCGGUUGACAUUGAAGGCAAGAACCAGGUGACACCUCUGCAUGUAGCGGCACAUUACAACAAUGACAAGGUGGCGUUGCUACUACUAGAAAGUGGUGCUUCUGCACAUGCUGCUGCCAAGAAUGGAUAUACUCCUUUACAUAUUGCGGCGAAAAAGGAUCAGAUGGAUAUUGCUAGCACCCUUCUUCAUUAUAGGGCAGAUGCGAAUGCUGAAAGCAAAGCUGGAUUCACACCAUUGCAUCUUGCUGCCCAAGAAGGUCAUCGCGAAAUGGCUGCUUUACUGAUCGAAAAUGGAGCAAAGGUUGGAGCUCAGGCAAGGAAUGGUUUGACACCAAUGCAUCUGUGUGCACAAGAGGAUCGUGUCAGUGUAGCAGAAGAAUUGGUGAAAGAAAACGCAGCCAUUGAUCCCAAAACGAAAGCAGGAUAUACGCCACUGCAUGUUGCUUGCCAUUUCGGACAAAUAAACAUGGUCCGCUUCUUAAUUGAGCAUGGCGCACCGGUUUCGGCCACUACUCGUGCUUCCUAUACUCCGCUGCAUCAAGCUGCUCAGCAAGGACAUAACAAUAUUGUGCGUUAUUUGUUGGAGCGCGGUGCUAGUCCAAAUGUCCACACAUCGACAGGACAGACUCCGUUAUCAAUCGCUGAACGUUUGGGUUAUGUGUCCGUAGUUGAAGCACUUAAAACAAUUACCGAGACUACCGUGAUUACGGAAACCACAACUGUUACCGAAGAAAGGUAUAAACCUCAAAAUCCCGAAGCAAUGAAUGAAACCAUGUUUUCUGAUUCGGAGGAUGAAGUAACAUUACUCACGAAGAUUGGAUUAGCAGUUGUUGUGGUUGUGUUGUUGAAUGCUUCUGCUAUUGUUGUUGUUGUUGUUGUUGUUGAGCGUUUGUUCGUCGAUUCAGCACGGAAUACAUUGGAGGAAGACGCGUCACAUCUUCGUGCCCUGGCACAUUCGCCGUUACGCUUGUCAACAUCAGAUGACCAUGACCUGAACUUCUUUCCCAAUCACACUUCAAGCCCUUAUCCUUCACCUGGAGCUACUCUGAUUUAUUUAUCACGUGAUGAUAAUCAGAUCACAGCCAAUACUCAUGCCCAUGAUUUCUCAGAAAGCCUCACAAAAGGUUUGCACGAUUCAACUGGUGUGCAUUUGAUUCAUGCUACAGAACCGAUGCUGUCACGAAGUCCGGAAGUGGAAGGCACGGACGGCGAUCUGGAUGCCUUAAUUCGCAAAGCACAACAUGAACCCGUUACUACAGCGAUGGCUGACCCUUCUUUCGAUGCGUCGCUUCCUGAUAAUGUUGCAGUAACGAGAACCACAGUGCAACCUAGCUUUUUAAUUUCGUUUAUGGUGGACGCACGUGGAGGAGCAAUGCGUGGUUGCCGGCAUUCUGGUGUCAGAAUUAUUAUACCGCCAAGAAAAGCACCACAGCCCACACGUAUCACAUGUAGAUACCUUCGUAAAGAUAAGUUAGCACAUCCACCACCGUUAAGUGAAGGUGAAGCGCUUGCCUCGCGUAUACUUGAAAUGGCACCACAUGGGGCAAAAUUCUUGGGUCCUGUUAUAUUGGAAGUACCACAUUUUGCAUCACUUCGUGGACGAGAGCGCGAAAUUGUCAUUUUGCGUUCCGAUGAUGGACAACACUGGAAAGAGCAUCAGCUCGAGGCAACGGAAGACGCUGUACAAGAGGUACUAAAUGAAUCAUUUGAUGCAGAAGAGUUGUCGCAGCUUGAUGAUUUACAUACAUCACGAAUUACGCGCAUACUUACCAAUGAUUUUCCAAUGUAUUUUGCGGUCGUUACCCGUGUGAGACAAGAAGUACACUGUGUUGGUCCAGAAGGCGGUGUAAUACUCUCUUCAGUUGUUCCUCGUGUACAGGCUAUAUUUCCGGAUGGUUCCUUGACCAAGACAAUCAAAGUAUCUGUACAAGCUCAGCCAGUUCCACAAGAGAUAGUCACCCGUUUACACGGGAACAGAGUUGCAGUGUCUCCAAUUGUAACUGUUGAACCGCGUCGUCGCAAAUUUCAUAAGCCCAUAACGCUUUGCAUACCAUUACCACAAAGCUCAAACAAAGGAAUGUUAACACAAUAUAGCGGUCAACCAGGACAGGAACCACCAACGCUUCGUUUACUCUGCAGUAUAACUGGAGGAUCUGCUCCCGCUCAGUGGGAAGAUAUUACUGGAACUACACAAUUAACAUUUACUGGCGAGGACGUUUCAUUCACAACUACGGUUUCUGCUCGAUUUUGGUUGAUGGAUUGCCAAACUCCGCGGGAUGCGGCGAGAAUGGCACAGGAAGUUUAUAAUGAAGCAAUUGCAGUUCCUUAUAUGGCUAAAUUUCUUAUUUUUGCUCGACGAACUUUUCCUACUGAGGGACAGUUGAGAUUGUUUUGCAUGACUGAUGAUCGGGAAGAUAAAACCCUGGAAAAACAAGAGCAUUUCAUUGAAAUUGCUAAAUCUAAAGAUGUCGAAGUUUUGAGCGGACGACAUCAGUUUUUGGAAUUCUCUGGAAAUAUUCUUCCAAU